CGCCGCUCGGCUGAUCGAUACAUUCGAGUUUUAGGGUGGUGCGACGGAGCGAGGAAGAGAACGUAGGAAAUGGUUUAAGAAGGGGUGACCUUGUCUCCUAUUUUCGGAAGGUAGCUUUCUCGUGAUUCCCGAUAAUACUCUCUUUCUCUCUCUCUUUUUCUCUCUUAUAGAUUUGUAUUCUAAGAGAUACGGGGAUCGUCGAAGCCGCAUUAUGAACAACGAAAGAAACUGAAAGAUAAUAGGGAAAGAAAAGACGCGGUAAUAACGAGAAAAGAAACGUGGAUAUCGAUAUCGAAUUUAAAUGAAAAAAGUUUGAUCGAUUGAAAACGAUCGUUCAUUAGAGAAACCACCUGCAACUGAUUUUCAGAGGUCUCAACGUUUCACUCUGUUUAUUGCUUUUUCUUUUCUUGUAUUGCCUCAUUUUUUCAAAAGAAAAAAAAAAAAAUUGUAUUCUGUAAUCUGGGAAUAAAACGCAUCGGCCGAAUACGUUAUUAGCGAUAUUAUCGCGAUUUUUAAUCGCGGAUGUACGUAUAUAAAAUUGAAAACUCGGCAUUUGUUGUUAUCGUUUUUCUUUUUUCUUGACGAAUAAAUUACUCGCUGUGUUUAAAAUAGUUUGUAAUACCGAACAAUACCGAUUCGGUAACGUAAAACCGAAACCUGUUUUUUAUCGAACAUCAAACGAGAAAAUAAAAGGAAAAUCAAAUUUGCGAUAAAGAUAAAACGCGUCGGGCAAAAAAAUUCGCGUUUAUUCGCCUGCGCGAUUUUCCGAGCGAAAAGAGAACGAGAGGUAAAAUGGGAUGAAAAGAACAGAAGAGACAAAGAAAAGAAUGGCAACUGGGCCUAGUACUAGACGGCGCUAUGCGACGCGACGAAAACAAUCGAGCAACGCAGACGAGUCCAAAUUUUAACGGUACGUGGUAGUCGGUGGUAAAACGAAGGAACGUGGAAAGGACGAAGAGAGACGAUCGAUGUAGCAGCGGAGAGGGGAGGAGCGCGCAAAGGCAGCAGGAAGACGGGCAGAAGGGCAACGAUUGCGAAUAGGAGGAUGCGGUGAAGAAGCGACGGCUGUUGCUAGAGCGGUAGAGAAACUGGUGGGUGGCGGUGAGGAGACGAACGUAGCGAAGCAGUUUUACAAUUACGUAGCCGGCUCGCGCUCAGGCGAAAAGUACAAAUGUGCUUCGAACGCAACAAUACCGGGUCUCUAUAAAUAACCGAGAUUCGCGAGUCUCACGAGGCAGGGCGCUGUCAUCGUGCGCGCGCGACACCCCCCCAGAGAAUGCGAGAGAAUCGCGAAAGAAACAGUAGCGCGCAUCGCGCGCGCAGUUCUCUUUCGUUAUCCGUUACGUUUUCGCGCGCGCGUGCCCAUGUUCCAACGAAUUCGCAAUUUAUACCUUUAUAUUUUGCGAGUUGUUCGGACGACUCUACUGUUAUAAUUCGUUUAUCGUUGACGUGCCGAUUCCUUCGAAUCGAUGGCUGCUUGUCUUCGAUAAAACGCAAGACGUUAUUUUUCUCGCUUAUAAUGUUUUCCAACUGAUUCGCGAUUAAAUUCAUCGGCUACCAUUGGAAUCGAAUGGUGUUUGUUGGUGCACAGUAAGUGAUAUAAGUGCGCAGUGAUGCACAUUGGUGACUAAAUCACGUUCUAAAUCUUAUCAGUUGGUGUCAGCAUUUAAUUAGACCUACAAAUAUACCGACGUGAUGUAUGUUCUUCGAGAAUGACGAACGAACGAACGAACAAACGAACGGAAUUCGCUUUAAACGAGCGAGUGUAUUCUAGUAACGCGUCGUUGCGCAUUUAAUCACACGCGUAUUUUUUCUCUUUCUUUGUUAUCGCGAUUCGACAUUUGCCUCGCAUCUUUCUCUUCCUCUUCAUUUCACCAUUGAUUCUUCUUUGUUCAUCGAAAUCUUUUAUUCUCCGGUUUUCUAUGUAAUAUUCGACGAUCGAAUUCACUCUUCAUCGAUCAUUGGCUACGAACGUCGUAAUAUAUCGUAAAUUAUCGAAACGACCAACGUUCUCUAACAUUCUUAUUUUUAUCUCAUCAUAAUUCAAUGUAUACUCGAGUCUCAAAAUUCCAAUUAUUUUUACCAUUUUUAUAUACCUUUUUUAAUCCAUAUUCGACAAUUUUUCUCAAUCGAUAAUCCACGUUUUUCUAUUCGAAUCGUCUCGAUUUCGUGUCGUGAUUCAAAAGCCAAUUUUGGAUCAACCGGACACCUGUUGUACUUGGCGUCGUUUGUGUAACUUCGAGAGUAUAUAUCGACGCGUUAAUAUUUCUUCUUCGUUCUCUUAUUCAUUUUUUUUAAUUUACGAUGCGCAUCCAAGUUUUUACAUGGACUCUCAACAGUUUCUCAAUUUCAUAAAUAAUAACGCUAUCGUUUCUUUCAUGCAAGCUUUGCAUUCUUCUCGAUGCUUGUUUUCCUGUCAACCGGUAAAUGGCAUAAACGACGAGAAAAGAAGAGAAAACAAAGAUAUUGACGCGUACGCAAUAUAAUCACGUCUGUACGGAGAAAGACCAGUCGGACUAGUUUUCGCAAAUGGUUUUAAAUACCAUUUACGAAAGAGGGGAAGCAAUAAGAGGGACGAACUUUGUCAUAUGGAUGGGCAAGGAAAAAUUCACAUUCGAGAUGCCAACACCGGGUCACGCGUUCGCACGCACGCACGUGCGCGCGCCACGAUUCAUCGUUUUACCACGGUAGACUGACAUUUGCCGGGAUAUCGCGGAUGACGACACACGUCAGCGCAUGCGCACAUUGCCCGUACAAAUUCGACUGUUGAAUUCGCGAUUCUUCUCGAUACGAGAAAAAGUUCGAUACAAAUUUUUCUCGUCGCGAUAUACGAUAUUCUCGAAACGGAUUCGCGAAUACAUCGCAACAAAGAGGCAGAAAGUGAACAAGCUUGACGUCACUGGAAUCAUUCGCGCCACUUAGACCAAGUCACGAGUUCAAUUUAAAAUGCGAACGGUCAAGUACCGUGGUUCGAUCGGCCGUUUCGUUCCGUAACCUGUAAAAUGUUGGAAUCGUUUCAUGUUGGGAGAAUAAUCUGUUCGUACAUGUACGAAAAAAAAUAUUCACUUGGAAUCAUCGUGGACUUUGAAAAGUCAAUGGUAUGAAUAUAGCGUGGAAAGGGGGAAAACAGAGAGAGAAAGAGUCUAGUCUAGACCCAAAUGCGACCGAGUCGAUUCGAGUUAUACCGAUAUCACCACCAUUAUGAGGUCAUUGGUCUUCCUUCCUCUUGCUUACUCUGAACUCGUGGAAAUACAUACGUACGUAGCCGUGUAUACGUAUACACGCCUACACGUCAGACCAGCGCGAUCUCGUUACUUCACCUCGGUUGUUUUUCGAAUUAAAUCAUUCUUCGUCACGAUUUUUUCGUUCGUUUUGUCGUUCGUUCGCACAAUUUUUUUUUUCCUAUCACACGUAGAGCGUCGCAAAUCGACGCGACAAAAUAUAUGAAACUCGAUCUAAUUGCCGAAUCUCCGAUACGUUUUCCGCGAAGAAAAACGAUGAUUGAAAAAAGAACGAAGGGACAAACGGAGAAAGUAACGUGUGCGCGUAUAGGUGUGACGGGGUAGAGAGGAAGAGGACUAGAAGGAGACGCGUGUACAGUCGCGUUUAGUAGAAGACGUGGGUUACAGAAGUGUCGAGAUCGCGUCCGCGUUUACGCAUCUACCGCAGAAAGAGAUGGCCAGGGACACACCAGGCUCCCCGAUGUCCAGACCGAGAGACUUGGUCGGCGGAGUUGGCGCUACUACGACCACCUUGACAUCGAGCGGUUAUCACACCGGCUCCGCGGAUCCAUCCACCCUUCACGGCCACGUGUUGCAGCAGAAGAUACUCGAGCUACAACAGCAUCAUCAACUUCAACAACAAAUUCUCCGGCAACAAUAUCAGGCGCAAGAACGACAAUUGGCCGAACUGCACGAGCAACAGAUGCAUCAGUUGAAGCUUUGGGAGCAGCAGAAACAACUGGAGGAGCAAAGGAGAGAGAAGGAGAGGCUCGAAGCGUUGAGGAAGAAGGACAAACACGAUCACAGCGCGAUCGCUUCGACGGAGGUGAAGCAACGACUUCAGAGCUUCCUCGUGAACAAGAAGCAAAGGGAGGCCGCCGCGGCUGCUAACGGGGCCGUACCUGGCACACCCGGAUACAGAAGCUGGUUGCAGCCGCAAUCGGCGGAAUCGGCGGGCGCAGCGAACGCCUCGCAUCCGUACAGGAUGCCGCAGAUGUUGCAGGAAAAAUUCGCCGAUGAUUUCCCUCUACGGAAAACAGCCUCGGAGCCGAACCUGCUCAAGGUGCGACUAAAGCAACGCGUGGAGAGGAACAUGGCCGCGUCGAGAAAUUCACCCCUGAUGGCACGACGGAAGGAUCGGCUGCUGUCGCACCUCAAGCGGAAAUCAUUGCUAGCAAAUUCUAGUAGUAAUCCAGAGUCCGGGCCUAAUUCACCACCGACCGUGAACAAUUCUCAAGCGAGCCCCACAGCGGGUGGAAACGCAGCGGCGAUCCAAGAAGAGACGGAGAACACCGGUUACGGGGGUCCGUUGACCAGCAGCAGUCAACAAGGUAGCCUAUCGGAUCUUUCGUUGUUCAGUUCACCGUCCAUGCCCAAUAUCUCGUUGGGACGACCUCACGUUCCAUCCGGUUCCAACACGACCGGUACGAAAUUGGCCACGGUCUCGGAGGCAGAGGUACGCGCGGCGUUCACCGCACGACUAGGAAUGCCGCUCACGGGACAAAUGUUGCCCGGCACCUUGCCUUUUUAUCCAUCGUUGACGGUAAUCGAGGGAGGAGAGGCGACGUCGACCGGUGGCUACGUUCACAAGCAGAUGCAGCAAAAUUUGGAACAUCCAUCGGUAACGAAUCGGCAACAUCCACCGUCCGCGGUCUAUCACGGUAGCACGACGGCAAAUCCCAUUACGGACACGCAAGUAGCGCAUGCGAGGCUGCAAAAGGCUGGUCACCGGCCUUUAGGUAGUAGGACUCAAUCCGCGCCGUUGCCGUUGGGCCAUCCGAUGUUGCAAGGUGGCAUGAUGGCGCCCCAGACCCAUUACGAAGAGUACCUGGCAGAGAAACAAUUGCACGACCAGCAACAGGCGCACAAUUACCUGAAACAGCAGAUACGUCAAACGGUGUUGACGCGAGUCGGAUCUAGGGGGCAGGCGAAUCAAUUGGACGAAGCGCCUGAAACCGAGGAAUCUGCCGAGGUGAUAGAUCUUACAGGAGGGAAGAAAGACAUGUCGGAAGAGAGCGAAAUCUCGAAACAGCAACGGGAUCGUGAACAAUUCCUCCAACAGCAGAGAGAUCUGAUGAUGAGACACACGUUGCAGAUCUCGAACGAAUCUUCGACGGCCUAUGGCGGCAGCGGGGGCGGUAGUGGGAGCGGAAGCAGAAACAAUCAACCUAGCGCAAGACCGUUAUCCAGAGCUCUUUCCAGCCCAUUGGUUCAUUUGGGUCCUCAGGGAGGAAACCAAUCCACCGGCGAUCUAUUCGCUCGUGCUUCGUCUCAUCGACCUACCACCGGUUUGGCCUACGACCCGUUAAUGUUGAAGCAUGCUUGCGUUUGCGGCGAAACGGUUCGAGGUCAUCCCGAGCAUGGAGGAAGGUUGCAAAGCGUGUGGGCACGUCUCUCGGAAACCGGGUUGUUGCAACGUUGCGAUCGAAUACGUUCACGGAAAGCUACCCUCGAAGAGAUUCAAACGUGUCACAGCGAGGCUCAUGCUUUACUCUUUGGAACGAAUCCGAUGAAUCGGCAAAAGUUGGACGUAUCGAAGCUCUCUCAACUGCCCAUCAAGAGUUUCGUAAGGCUGCCGUGCGGUGGAGUAGGCGUCGAUUCCGACACCACGUGGAAUGAACUGAAUACCGCGCCAGCUGCCAGAAUGGCCGUCGGCUGCGUCGUCGAUCUGGCUUUUAAGACCGCAAUGGGCGACAUUAAGAACGGUUUCGCCGUUGUACGACCGCCGGGACAUCACGCCGAAACCAACCAAGCCAUGGGCUUCUGCUUCUUCAACUCGAUCGCGAUCGCUGCACGAUUGCUUCAACAGAAGCUCGAUAUUCGGAAAAUCUUGAUCUUGGAUUGGGACGUUCAUCAUGGGAACGGGACGCAGCAAAUGUUCUACGACGAUCCACGAGUGCUCUACCUGUCGAUACACAGGCACGACGAAGGUAACUUCUUUCCAGGGACUGGCGGGCCGACAGAGUGCGGGGCUGGCGAAGGAUUGGGUUACAACGUGAACGUGGCAUGGUCCGGCGGGCUGAAUCCACCAAUGGGGGACGCGGAAUACUUGGCCGCGUUCCGUAGCAUCGUGAUGCCAAUCGCGAAAGCGUUCGACCCGAGCAUCGUGCUCGUCUCGGCGGGUUUCGACGCGGCCAUCGGGCAUCCCGCUCCCCUUGGUGGUUACAAGGUGAGCCCCGCUUGUUUCGGAAAGAUGACCCAACAACUGCUCGGAUUGGCGAACGGUAAGGUUGUUCUUGCCCUGGAGGGCGGUUACGAUUUGGCCGCGAUCUGCGAUUCCGCCCAGGAAUGCGUUCGAGCCCUGCUCGGGGACGAACCUACCCAACUUCGAGAGGAGGAAUUGACCAGGGCGCCUUGUCAAAACGCGGUCGACACGCUGCAAAAGACUAUCGCCGUGCAGAUGUCUCAUUGGCCUUGCGUCAAGUUGAACGCGCACACGGCUUCGAUGAGCGCGAUCGAAGCCGGACAAAAGGAACGAGACGAGACCGAGACAGUGUCCGCGAUGGCCUCUUUAUCGAUGCAGCAACCUACCAAUUUAACAACUACCCCAGAACAUUCCCGAGAAGUUUCCGAGGAGCCGAUGGAACAGGACGACGCCAAAUGAAGAAGGACGCGAGGAGAAUGCUGGUCGUCGAUCGUGUAAUCGCGAGGCUAUUCGAACCGCCUCUUUGUAGAAUGUGACCGAUCGAUCCGGAACCUGCUCAGCAGCGAUCAUCAGUUUCGAAAACACCGCAGUUUCGUUGGAAACGAAAACGAGAGCCUUUAUGCACCUUUUCCGCGCGCUUCGCUUUCGCACCUUGUUCAUCCGAUGUAUAGAUCCGAUCGAGCGCAAAUCAUGGUGGAAAUCGCGAAAUUAAUCUCGACUAAAAAAAGAAAAAAAAAAAAAUCUAAAAGACAGUAGAUUUAAGUGUUUUCUACGCUUUUGCUAACGUUCUCUCCUAGGAACGCGUUCGUUCGGCCUCGCCUUUUCCAUCCAGACUCGACGCCUAUUCUCUUCUUUUUUUUUUUUAAUAUAAUUAUCGUGUUACGAGCCAGCCUUUCUGGAAGGAAAUUCUCGAUGAAAAAAAAAUUCGAUAAAAAUUCGGUACGGAGAAUCGCGAAACGAAACGAUGGUGUGUGAUCAUCGUGACCGAGGGUGGGGGGGAGUCGGGGGUGAAAACGGCGGCGGAAGUUAGGGAUAAGGUGCGCGAUGGAAAAAAGAAAAAGAAAUGAAGCGUUUCGAUGUUUCAUUCUUCGUCAUUUCUCUUCGAGCGGCAUAGCACGAUGUUCGGUUGUCUUUUUGUCGCGAACAAAGGCUGGUGUGAUUUUUGUGAUAUUUUGUAAAAAAAAGCAAAAAUUUUACAAACUGUAGUUAGUUAAUGAUGUGCAAAUGUACGUACGAGUAUGCAACUUAGUUCAAUCUGAAGCGUGACAACGUGCGCUCGCGCCUCGUGUGCCUGUCUCUGGAUAUAUAUAUAUGUGUGCGUGCGUGUGUGUGUGCGCGUGCGCGCGCGAAAAAAAUUAAGAAAGAGAAUAUAUGUAAUCGAGAAAUAGGAGCAUUUAUUUUUAUGCCGUGCAUUUUACGAGGAUACGAGAAAAUGCGAGCAAAUCUAUCGAUCGACAAUUUCCGCGGAUAUAUGUAUGGUGGUAUGUAACAUAACGCGUACAUCGUAAUAUGGCAAACACGCGGAUCAAAGAUUCAAGCACUUUUGUCUAGCAGAGAGGAAGAAUGUGUGUGUGUGUGUGUGCGCGCGUCGAGUACAAGAAAUUCAUAUGUAUAUUGAAUGUUACGUGUCAGCAAGAAUCUCAAGUGUUCGUUGUGUACGUCCCAUAUUUUUACUAAAAGUUUCGAAGAUAUUGUGCGCAGAACGUUCAUUUCGGUCGAUUCGGUGUCGUAAAUUUGCCUUCAUUCGAUAUGUUAUCCCUUUCUCCGUUUAUUCUAAUUAUAUAGACAGAGAUACACAUACACACAGCCCGGAUUCGUAUCUAUUCCGUUUCCCUUGUUCAUUUCGCGAAUCGCAUUUUAUUAUUUUAAUCGCCUAUUUCUACUUCGUACUUGAUGCGUGAUCCAUCAUUUUCAUCGCCGCCGCCAAUCUCGUCGUUUUACGCGCUUCGUCAAUUUUGACGCUCGGACUCGACUCGACUCGACCGAAUUCGAUUCGUUACUGGUUUUUUCGAGAUCGCGCGUCGACGAUCGUUCGGAAGUUGUUGAUGUUUUAUGAGAAUUUUAUUUGUUUCGAGCAGAAACUUGCAACAUUCCGGUAUCGUUCAUAAAAAAUCGAUACAAGUUAGAUGUAACUCGUUGAUAAUUUGCAUCGAAAAUCGAUUCUAAUAAGUAAACAAAAUAAAAAAAAAAUUAAAAUCGAAGAAUAUAAGAAUGAAAAUGAAAAAAAGUGUUACAAAUACGUUAUUGCACGUGUCCGAAUAUGUCCAUAUUGCGUAAGCUUAAAUGUAUUAGUCAUACAUUUUUUAUGUAUAUAUAAAUGUACCUCGUAAAGUAAUUUUAAAUAAAAACUAUAGUCAUUGUGUUACGCAUACAUACCGACAAUA